CAAGUGACAUCCCAUUCUACCGCAGUGUUAUGUCAACAAAAUUUUUUUUCAGUUUUCAAUAAAAAAAUUGUUUUCAAUUAUUUCGAAAAUAUUAAAAUGUCGGAAUAUGAUAGAGUAAGAAAGGGAAAACUAAAAUUGAAAGGUGAAAGUGAUAAACCAAAAAAAAGGAAGAGGAAAGAAAAGAAGAUAUCAAACACACCUAAGGUAGACAACGAUGCCUUGAGCCAUGGGAAUUGGUGGAAAACAACGAAAAUUGAAGAAAUAAGAGGGUCUGUAGCCAUUGAAUUCGGUUCAAGAACCUAUGUUAAAGCGUUGGACAAUGGCUUGUUUACACUAGGAGCUCCACAUAACGAAGGGGAUGGUCCUUCCCCUGAAGAAAUUUUGACUGCUGUAGUUGUAAAUGAGAAAAAAGUAGCAUUUAAAUCUGGUUAUGACAAAUAUUUGAGAGUUGAAAAAGAUGGUACCGUUACUGGAAGAUCAGAUGCUAUUGGUGCCAUGGAACAAUGGGAGCCAGUGUUUCAGGAUGGAAAGUUAGCUUUACAAGGGUAUAAUGAUUGUUUUCUUGGAGUUGAUCCUGAUGAUGAUGGAAUAGUUGCUAGAGCCAAAACGGCAAGUCAAAAUGAAAUGAUUUCUAUCAGGUCACAUACUGCUCGUGAAGUUAAUCCAUUGAAGGAUGUGCCCACUGAAGAGCAAGGCGAUAUUCAGCAGAUAGAAGUCAAUUAUGUAAAAAAGUUCCAAAAGUUUCAAGAUAAACGAUUGAGGAUAAGUAAGGAGGAUACUAAAGAACUAGAAAAAGCUAAGCAGGAUGGCGCAUUCCAUGAAGCAUUAUUAGACAGGAGAAGUAAAAUGAAAGCCGACAGAUAUUGUAAAUAAGAUAACUUAUUUUGUAUUAAUCUAAGUGUAAAAUGAAUAUACAAAACUGUACAAAAUAUCGAUAUUUAAAUUUCAUUGGAUUAUUGA